AUGGUUGAUGCGACAACCGGACAUGAAGCAUUAUCUUUUAUGGAUGGCUCUUCCGGCUACAAUCAAAUUAGAAUGGCUCCGGAAGAUGAGGAAUACACGGCAUUUCGCACGCCAAAGGGAAUUUACUGCUACAAAGUAAUGCCGUUUGGACUAAAGAAUGCAGGCGCUACCUACCAGCGUGCCAUGCAAAACAUCUUUGACGACAUGCUGCACAAAAGAGUGGAGUGUUAUGUCGAUGACCUAGUUGUCAAAACAAAGAAGAGAGAUGACCAUUUGAGGGACCUUCGGAUUGUAUUCGAGCGCUUGAGAAAAUACAACUUAAAGAUGAAUCCUCUUAAGUGUGCUUUUGGUGUCUCUUCCGGCAAGUUUCUUGGCUUCAUAGUCCGUCAUCGUGGUAUAGAGGUUGACCCCUCUAAGAUAGACGCCAUUCAAAAGAUGCAUGCGCCUAGAAAUUUGGAAGGGUUGAGAAGUUUACAAGGAAAUCUCGCAUUCAUAAGAAGGUUUAUAUCAAAUCUCGCUGGGAGAUGUCAACCAUUCAAUCAUCUCAUGAAGAAAAACACACCUUUCGAAUGGGACGAAGGAUGUCAAAAUGCUUUUGAAAACAUAAAGAAUUACUUAUUAAAUCCGUCCGUCUUAGGGGCUCCUAUACCCGAAAAGCCACUCAUAUUAUACAUAGCAGCUCAAGAAAGGUCCGUCGGUGCUCUCAUGGCGCAAGAAAAUGAAAGCGGCAAAGAGUGUGCCUUGUACUACUUGAGUAGAACUCUAACGGAGAAUGAAUUUAGAUACUCCCCGGUGGAGAAAAUUUGCUUGGCACUAUUCUACGCGAUUAAGAAAUUGAGGCAUUACUUCGAAGCAUACUCCAUACGACUCAUUUCACGUGCCGAUCCAGUCAAGUUUGUGAUGUCAAAGCCAGUGCUAUCUGGAAGAUUAGCAAAGUGGUCUAUCAUGUUCAAUCAAUACGAAAUCACAUAUGUGCCUCAAAAAUCUGUUAAAGGGCAGGAACUAGCUAAUUUUCUAGCCGACCACCCUAUUUCGGCAGAGUGGGAGUUAUCCGAUGACCUUCCUGACGAAGAUAUUUUCUUUACCGAAGUUCUUCCGGCAUGGGAAAUGUUCUUUGAUGGGGCCGCACGGUCCGAUGGAUCGGGGGCAGGAGUUGUUUUUGUGUCACCCGAGAAACAAGUUUUGACAUACUCGGUGGUACUUGGCGAGCUCUGCUCUAAUAAUGUGGCCGAGUAUCAAGCUUUGAUCAUUGGUCUUGAAAUGGCUCUAGAAAUGAAUAUUACGGAGGUUGAAGUUUAUGGUGACUCGAAAUUGGUUAUCAACCAACUUUUGAAAGUAUACGAGGUUAUGAAAGAAGACCUUAUUCCUUUUUGUCGACACGCUUCGGACUUGAUAGCGAAGUUUGAAAAGGCCGUGUUAAAUCACAUUCCGAGGAAAGAUAAUAGGAUGGCCGAUGCGCUAGCUAAUCUAGCAACCAUUUUAGCUUUGUCGGAAGGAGAGACAACAAGCGUUCCCGUGUGUAAUCGUUGGAUUGUACCAUCAUUCGUUGAGGUCAGUCAUGAAGACGAUAACGCUACGUCAAUUUCAAUCAAUGAUGAUCAUGAUUGGAGAAAACCGUUGAUCAAUUACUUGAAAAAUGGAGAGUUACCCGGGGAAGUUCGUCAUAAGACGGAAGUAAGAAAAAGAGCGUCUCGUUUCAUCAUUUACAAGGAUACGCUUUAUCGUCGGUCUUUUGAAGGCAAUUACCAGCGUUGUUUGAACGGUGAAGAGACGGCUGAAGCAAUGAUGGAAGCACAUUCCGGGGUUUGUGGUGCUCAUCAGGCCGGUCCGAAGCUACACUUUCAAAUUAAAAGAAUGGGCUAUUAUUGGACUACGAUGGUCAAAGAUUGCUUGGAUUAUGCAAGGAGAUGUGAGGCUUGUCAACUACACGUGAACUUCAUACACCAAUCUCCGGAGCCCUUACAUCCUACAGUCGCCUCAUGGCCAUUUGAUUCGUGGGGUCUUGACGUCGUGGGACCUAUUUCUCCUAAGUCGUCCAGAGGUCACGCUUAUAUACUGGCAGCUACUGACUACUUCUCCAAAUGGGCGGAGGCUGUUCCUUUGAAAGAAGUGAAGAAGGAAACAAUGCUCGAAUUUAUUCGUUCCCAUCUUAUUUUCAGGUAUGGAAUACCUCGAUACAUCAUUAUCGAUAAUGGAAAACCAUUUUACAACAAGUUGAUGGAUAAGUUAUGUGUGCAAUUUGGGUUUAAGCAACACAACUCCUCAAUGUAUAAUGCGGCUGCCAAUGGUCUAGCAGAGGCGUUCAACAAAACUUUGUGCAAUCUUUUGAAGAAAGUUGUCUCAAAGACGACAUAUCGGACUGCCACUCAAGCCACUCCGUACUCCUUGGUUUAUGGGGUAGAAGCUAUCCUUCCACUUGAAAUUCAAAUACCUUUGCUUCGUAUUGCUGUGCAAGAAGGGUUAACCGCCGAGGAUAAUGCUCGUCUUAGACUUGAAGAGCUGGAGGCACUAGAUGAGAAAAGAUUAGAAGCUCAGCAACAACUUGAAUGCUAUCAAGCCCGCAUGUCUAAAGCAUUCAAUAAAAGGGUCCGCCCUCGAUCAUUUCAAGUUGGAGAUUUGGUUCUGGCAGUAAGAAGGCCGAUUACCCUCACCCAGCGAAUGGGGAAUAAAUUCGCGUCGAAAUGGGACGGCCCCUACGUAGUGAAGGAAGCUUACACAAGCGGCACUUACAAGUUGGUGGACAAUGAUGGAUUACGAAUUGGCUCCAUAAAUGGCAAAUUCUUGAAGCGUUACUACCCUUGA